UGUCCGGGCGCCGAGGAGAGGCCGCUUCUUGGCCCUCCGCGCCGCGCAGGCGCACGCCCACGCCGCGCCUAGACGCCCCGCCCGCGCGUCCCGUCUCCUAGUAACCGGCCUCGAGCCCCUUUUCCACGAGGUGCUUCUCGUUCUCUGCCAGCUGCUCCCGCACCUGGAUAGAACGCGCAUGCGCAGGGCUGGAGCUCCGCUGUUCGGAGCACGGGCUGCUUUGUGGCCACAGCUUUGGGCCGCUUGCACCGGCGAGCAGGCGCGGGUCUGGGCUCACGUUCAGUGGACCGGCCAGUUCUCAGAGCUGCCCGUGGGCUCCGGGAGGUUGAUGAAAGAGACACUGGAUUUUUACAGGAGUCCUCUGAUGAUGUAGUAUAAGCCUGUGCGUUGCAAAAAUAGGCGCACGUUAGAAGAGACUAACAGUUCCUGUCUUUGCCAGCUCUUUAUGGACCUUUAUUCUUCUAUAAGCAUUUGAUAUUUCUUCUUGAAUACCAACCUGAAUGCCAGACCAAAAAAAAAGAGGCCCCCAAAUAGACUUGCUCUCUUCGUGUCCACAAGACCCUGGGGGAACUUAAGCAAUCAAGUUGAAGAAACAUUUCCACUACUUAAAAAAGGUACCUGCAGAGUAGCUUGAUAUUUGUCCAGCUGUCCCAAUGGGCUUUUCUCUGAGUAAAUCUGCUACUCAGGUAUCUGCUAUGCGUGUGGAUUCAAAAGUGGACGAUCACGUAAUGCGAGGGACUGAGGAAAGCAGGCCAGAACCAGUCACUCAACUAUUCCAAAACACCAAGAAAAUAAGAUUAGAAGAUAUGAACCAAGAAAACCUGACAAGAAAUGAAGAGACUGGCACUGGAUCUCUUUCAGAGAAAGCCUUGGGUUCAGUGGUAUAUGUUAAAGAAAGCGAUGGAAUAGAAAUGACAGAUAUAGAGUGAAGUUAUUUGUACAUAUCACCAAGGAAACCAAAAAUCGAUUUUGAUAAGGGACGAGGGGCUGAAUGAGAACUAAACCUUAUUUAGGAAAACCUAAAAAAAAAAGGACUUGCUUAUUUCUACUAUUUAUGAAUCUUCUUGGCAUUUCUUGAUGAUGCAUAUUCAAAAGACAGUUACUUUGGGGAGAAAAAGCCUUCAAAGAAUCAAAGCAGAAUUCUCUGGUAUUAUAUUCUAGCCUUGUUAAAAAACUAGAGCUUUUUAGCAACAGUAAAUGGCACCAAAACAAUUUAAUCAAACGUUUUUCUUUAACAAGUGCUACUUUCCAGCGCCCAAACAAUUUGACUUUGGUAUUUCAUACUAUUUCUGGUGCACUGAUUUUGUAUCUUAAAUUUCCAGUUUGGGAUUUUACCUUAGGGUACUUUAUCUUCAUGAUUUUUUGCAUUUCUCUUCUGUAAAAGAUUACUGUGGAUAAACUGUGCAAAUGAGUGGUAAAUUACGUACCUUCAGAAGCAUUUCACAUUUUACAUCUUCCCUUUUAAAACUUUUCUCCCCACAUUGAAUCUGAUUCAGAGUUAGAAAAUUGUUAUUUCCAAAUGUAAUAAUUUAUCUUGCAGAUGCUGUCAUUUUAUACCAUGAAUAUUUAAUAUUAGAAAAACAGCCUAGUGUUUAAAAAAUCUUGUUUUCUAUAUAUCAGUUUGCUGUUCUUAUUAAAGUAUCUAGUAGUUCAAAACAGCAGUCUUGUCCCAAGUAAUGUUAGAUGAUAUUAAAACUAUUUUGUAUCUGGACAUACAGUGACCUGUGACUGUUUAUACUGUGUGUGUAUUGAAUGGAAACCCUGGGGGCAUAGUGGUUAAGUGCUACGGCUGCUAACCAGAGGGUCAGCAGUUCGAAUCUGCCACGCGCUCCUUGGAAACUCUAUGGGGCAGUUCUGCUCUGUCCUAUAGGGUCACUAUGAGUCGGAAUUGACUCGACGGCACUGGGUUUGGUUUUUUUAGGUGAUGUAUUGAAUAUGUUCAAGUACUUUAAUAUUUAAUGAUUAUCUCUAAGGUCCCAUUAAGUAAUCGGCUUAAUAUUCAUAAAAACAAAGAGGAAAAGUCAUGUUAUUUUGGGAAGAAGCAACAUUUUAUAAAUAAGAAAAAUACUAAGCAAAUGUAACGUAUUUAUGGGGAAUAUUGAACCUAGACUAAACAAAAAAAAUGUUGGACAGAACAUAGCCAAUAAGAUACUGCUUUUUAUCGUAUGUAGAAGAUAAUACUUUAAUGAGAGGGAAAAAACACAUAAACCAUUCAUUUGUUCACUGAGCUUGGUGCUGUGCUUAGUCCUGGGGAUAUAGUGAUGACCAAAGCCUUCAUGGUGCUUACCGUCUGUCUAUCAUGGAAGACAGAACAUUAGACAGUAACUAUAUAAAACCCUGUGGUGUAGUGGUUAAGUGCUAUGGCUGCUAACCAAAAGGUCGGCAGUUCGAAUCCGCCAGGCGCUCCUUGGAAACUCUAUGGGGCAGUUCUAUUCUGUCCAAUAGGGUAGCUAUGAGUCAGAAUCGACUCGACAGCACUGGGUUUGGUUUUUUUUUUUUUGGUAUAUAAAAUACAAACUGUGAUAUGCCAUGAAGAAAACAGAAAGCU